AUAGGAAAACAAAAGCGUGGCUGAAACAACUCCUCUGCCCAAGGCCAAGAUAUUUAGUUGAAUAUUUUUGAUUAUGGAAUGAUACUGUGCAUAUAAAUAUGAAUCCAUCAUGUAAUCCUCCUCAAGCACCAAAAUGAAAUCCUCCUCAAUGGUCAUGAAUGCUGCUUCAUUAUCUCUAAAUUCAUUAUCUCUUCAGCCACCAAGAAGCUCACUUUCAACCACCACUACAACUUUACAGCCCACCAAGAACAACAGCUUGAAGCCCAUUAUUGUCACCGGCAAUCCACCCACCUAUGUUUCCGCGCCUGGUCGUCGUAUUGUUGCUGUUGGGGAUCUUCAUGGAGAUAUUGACAAAGCACGUUCUGCAUUUGAGUUGGCUGGUGUACUCAGUUCUGACGGGCAAGACUUGUGGACUGGUGAAGAGACGGUGCUGGUUCAACUCGGAGAUAUACUUGAUAGAGGAGAAGAUGAAAUAGCUAUUUUGUCAUUGUUAAGAUCAUUGGAUACCCAGGCAAAAGCUCAAGGUGGAGCUGUGUUUCAGGUAAAUGGGAAUCAUGAAACCAUGAAUGUAGAAGGAGAUUUCAGAUAUGUUGAUUAUGGAGCAUAUGACGAGUGUGGGGACUUCCUUGAGUACCUAAAUGACUGUGAACAUGACUGGGAAGAAGCUUUUGUUAGUUGGGCCAGUAUAUCUAAAAGCUGGAAAAAAGAUCGAAAAAUGUCUCAAAGUCAAUGGGGUCCUUGGAAUCUUGUAAAGCGACAAAAGGGGGUGAUAGCAAGAUCUGUUCUCUUUAGGCCAGGAGGUCCUUUAGCAUCUGAAUUGUCAAGGCAUCCUGUUGUACUUAAAGUUAAUGAUUGGUUGUUUUGUCAUGGCGGCCUUCUACCGCACCAUGCUGCCUAUGGUAUAGAGAGGUUGAAUGAUGAGGUCUCGACUUGGAUGAGAGGUCUUAGUGAGAGUGAUGACGAUCAGCAACUCCCUUUUAUUGCCACUAGAGGAUAUGACAGUGUUGUGUGGAACCGUUUAUACUCUCAAGAUUUAGGGGAACUGGAAGACUAUGAGAUUGAUCAGAUCCAAUCUAUUCUUGAAGAGACUCUGCACGCAGUAGGUGCCAAGGGAAUGGUGGUUGGGCAUACUCCUCAAAUUACAGGAGUAAAUUGUGAAUACAACUGCAGUAUAUGGCGCAUUGAUGUUGGAAUGUCCAGUGGAGUUCUUAAUUCAAGACCCGAGGUUCUAGAAAUUAUCGACAACAAAGUGAGAGUCAUGAAGACUCGGUGUGAAUCUCGGAGUGAACUUAAGGUUGCUGAGUACACAUAGACAGUUGCGGACCUUGAGGCAAGGAAAUAUACCCUCAAGCUGUUUACUGAAAUAUAGCAAAUAAAUUGCUGUACAGGGCUUGGCAACUUAAAGAGUGUAGAAAGGAAGAAAAAGAACAUAUAUAUGGUGCAGUCUACAGUACAAAGCUAAUCGAUUUGUGAUACCAGAUUCUUGACCGAAACUUGGAAUGCACCUGAGAGCAGGCAUCUUGGGACUAUUAGUAGCACAUAUGUACAUGCAUAGUGAAUCAAUUAUCAAUAGAUGUAUAUAUUGAUGUAAAGGUACAACAAAUUUGCAGCUUGUAUAGCUGCUGCUCAAUUCUUGGUCUCAGUUGUGAAACUCAUAUUGCACAUUUUAUAAUUUCAAAUAUUGAAUAUAAAAUGUUAAACAUGAAAUUCACCAUGAAGUAAACAUGUUUGAAGUUUCAGAAUGA